AUUAAGUGCAUCCCCUGCCAACCCUCCCCCUCUCUCAUCCCUUUCCGUUCUCCGCCAGUCCAUCGCCAUUUCAUAAAAUCCUCCCUUUUCCAAUUGAAAAAUCGAUCAAAACCCUAACCCUACUCUCACCGCCACUCGAAAACCCCAGUCAGAGAUCGAGAGAGAUCCUCGAAUGCCGUCCAUUCCUCCCGGAAACCGAGCGUUGUUGUCGGCGGAGGAGGCGACCGGAGGAGGAGGAAGCGGAGGAACCGCCGCCGCAUUGCCCUAGACCGCCGCGCCACCCAGCCCCCCAGCGGCCGCCGACCCACCUACAUGGCCAUGGUACCACCGCCGGCACCGGUGUCGCAGCAGCAGCACUCGACGCAGGUCCACCACCAGCCCCUGCCGUCGGAUAAUGAUCGCAGCAGCGGGGAGCUCCGGGCAUUGGACUGCAAUCUCGCCUCCCUGUGCGACCAUAUCCAGAUGGAGGGCUUCAACAAUGCCUCCUUCUCCGAUGUAAUCGUGCAGGCCAUGGGCUCCGCCUACCACCUCCAUCGCCUCAUCCUCUCCCGCAGCUCCUACUUCAGGAACAUGCUCCACGGUCCUUGGAAAGAGGCUGGUGCGCCGACUGUGGUCUUGCAUAUUGACGAUCCUAAUGUUAACUCGGAGUCAAUCGAGAUGGCAUUGGCAUAUCUCUACGGGCAUCAUCCUAAGCUUAAUGACAGCAAUGCAUUCCGUGUUCUUGCUGCUGCUUCUUUUCUUGAUCUUCAGGAUUUAUGUGCAAUCUGCACAGAUUUUAUCAUAUCCGAAUUGUGGACCUCAAACUUCUUGGCUUAUCAGGUGUUUGCAGAGAGUCAAGAUUAUGGUAUUCAUGGGGAACGUGUUAGAAAUGCAUGCUGGGGCUACCUUUGUCAAAGUGCGACCAUGGAGUUGAGAGAGGUACUCCCAAAACUUUCUUCGCAAACUUUGCAUGCUCUGCUGACAUCAAAUGAACUUUGGGUACCUAAUGAGGAGAAACGGUUUGAACUGGCUCUGUACACACUACUUGCAAAAAAUGCCAUUUCUGAGGCAGAGCAAUCUGGACAGGAAAAUUCUGGUUCUGAGACGGGAAUAAGUACUUCAGAUUCUUCUGUGCUGAAGGAAAAUAGUAUAAUGGACGACUGCUGCAAUGAUCAGCUUAUGGAGCCUGAAAUACAUUUAAGCAUACAGGACAAAUUAGAAGGACAUAAAGCUGCUCAUAAUAUUCUGGUCGAGCUUGCAGAUUGUGUCGUGGACUUCCACACAGAUGUUCCUUAUUCCAAUCCAGUACAAGUGCGACAAACAGCUUGCCCUCAGCCACUGCAGGAUCCAAGAUAUUCCCUCAAAAUGGAGCAACCAUCCUCCUUGCACACUUUAGCUGCCACAGAUGCAAUAAGAACAUCGUGUUCAUAUAUUGAAACACGAAAUGGUAUUGAAACAGGUAGAAUGGGGGGAAAUGAAGCUGCUAUGGAAGGUCCAUCUGGUGAAAACACAUGCUAUCAUUUAAAUGGUAAUAUCUGGCUCCCCAGAGAUCAAUCAGGAAACUGCUCCUCAGCUAGCCCUUGUACUAAUGGUGCAGCACCAAAUGAUUGGGGAAGGUGUAACAUGCCUUCCUGGGGUGGCAGGAUAGUAGGUAGGAGACAGGUGAAAAGUGCCAAGGGGAGCUCAGUUAUUCAUGGUGAAGAAUUCGAUGCUUUCAUUAAUAUAUUUGAAGGAGGUUCUCUUCUUUAUUGUAACAUGUCUUUUGAGGCACUUCUAAAUGUCCGGAAGCAACUAGAAGAAUUAGGAUUCCCCUGCAAAGCCGUGAAUGAUGGUCUUUGGCUACAGAUGCUUCUAUGUCACAAGGUGCAAGCAGUGGGUGCUGAUACUUGCAAAAAUUGCUGCCUUGCAAGCAAUGCAUGUGCGUGUAGGCAGGCGUAUGGGUAUACACAUGGAGGCAGUCCAAAGAGCUAUUACAGGCAAGAGCAUGAUCGGAACAAUAGUUCUGGCAGUAUAGGGAAUAUUUACCUUGCUGAUGCCCAAGGUGAGGGAAAUGGCUUAUAUGGGCCUGUGCGUGUCCAUGUAAGGGGCGCAAUUGAUGGGCUUGCUGGCAUUGGGCGAGGAACCACAUAUGUGACUGGUGCAGCUUGGCCUCCAACACGUUAUGUUUUUUCUCGUGUUCCAUUUGGACUUGGCAACAAAAAUUGCCAGCAGUCACUUGCUAAUGAUGAGUCAGAAGCCAGAGUUGAUCCUAAUGGUGAGCUAUCAGGUGAUGGUUUGACAGCUCUUGUUGGUCUUAGCCAAGGGAACAAUGUUGUUAAUGUUCAUGCUGAGCAAACAGAAAGAAUAUAUGAACCAGAUCUGCAGAGUAGAUUUGCAGGGUCUUCUCUUCCUGGUGCUGGUGGUGGCAUUUCAGUGCAGAUGUUAGAAUCACAAGAGCAUGCUCUUGGACUUGAAUGGGAAAGUUCUGAAGGUUCUUCUAUAUCUUUGGAUUUGAAAACACCACUACGCCAUUUCCCUCCAUUUCGCUUUGGGGUGGAAUUUGAAGAUGUCCACAUGCUUGCUGAUGGCCAAGUGAAGCACUCCCCUGAGGUAUUUUAUGCUGGGUCACUUUGGAAGGUGAGUGUCCAGGCUUUCAGUGAUGAAGACCCGCAGGGACGUCGGACACUUGGAUUGUUUCUCCACAGGCGCAAGGCAGAAGUGGCAGAUCCCCUAAGAAAGGUUCACAUGUAUGUUGACUCCCGCGAAAAGGUGACGGCCCGCUAUCAGUUGAUUUGCCCAUCAAAGAGGGAAGUGAUGGUGUUUGGAAGCUUCAAACAGGCAGGGACUUUGUUACCAAAAGCUCCAAAGGGUUGGGGUUGGCGCACUGCUUUACUAUUUGAUGAACUUGCAGAUCUCCUCCAGGGCGGAGCCUUGCGGGUUGCUGCUGUUGUGCAGGUAGUUUGAGACUGGUCAGGUGUGACUGAUAUAUGGAGGUAUUGUGACUUAUAAUACAAGCAUUUUUUGUACAUGGCGUGUAUAUGUAAGUAGAAAAACCCAACCUUGUCAAACCAUAUAUAGCAGCAACAAUUGCUGGUAUGUCUACCUAUAUGUUCUGUUAGAUAUCUCAGUUGGCGAUCUUAAACAAUUGUCGCGGGACACUCAUCGAUGCUUGUUUGUUUGUUAUAGUACAUGGCAAUUGCAGAUUUAUUGUAAUGAUUUGUCGAUUUUUCAGCA